AACAGCAGCUUCAGGGUGGAGCCUGUGCGCCCUGGGGUCCAGUGGGCGGUCCCUGAGAAGAGAAUAUUACCGUUUCUAUUGAUGUGUUUUACUGUCCCCAUGUGACUUAUCUUUGGCUGUGUGCACUGUAUACAUCAUAUUUCAUAAUCGGUUGUCUUGUGAUACAGAUAUAACACUUAUCCAGGGUAUGUUCUGUCAGUAUCAGAGACCCUGGGUGUCGAAGCUUAGGGAGGAGGAGUCAAGUAGGAAAAGCCCCUGGACACCCCUGGCCCUCUGCAGUCACUCCUGGCUCACUCUGGUGAUGAAUCCACUGGGUGGGCCCCACACUCUAAGCUUCAUGGCACCCAGUCCUCACUGUGGCUCAUGGCAUCAGUUUCCUUGUUUCUCAAACAAGAGGAUCUGCCUUUGAGAGAUGAGGCACCUUGUCAGUGCUAGGGGGAUAUGCAUUUCUCUAUGGGGGCUUUGAGCUCUGAGAGGGAAGCCAGAGCAACUCUUGGCAUGGCCAGAGAGGGUCCAGAUGGGUAUCUGCAUGACUCCUGAGAUGCCUGGGGACCAGAGCUUCUGUAGAAUAGAAUAAAAGGACCAAAGCUGGAGGGAGGAGGUUGGGAGGGCCAGGAACCCCAUCCUAUAGCUGUGUGUUCAGUGCUCAGUGUGGACCUCCCCAGCCAGAAGGUGGUGGGGACUUGGAUCCAGGCCCUUGCCCGCUGCUCCCUGAGAAAACCCCCUGCUUGGUUUCAGGGCAGCCCUGCCCAGCUCCAGGAGUGUCAGUGAGAGGCACCUGCAGGCUGCUGCACUGAUGGAGAACACCAGGCUCCUCCUCGUGUCCCCCUGGGGUCAUUGUGGAGGCAGGAUGCACUGUGAACACUGUGGCUCACACUGGAGCCAGAGGUGCAAGCUCUUUCCCACUGAAAGUCAGAGGCCUCCCUGUGAGCCCAGCCUUUGGCCCUCGUGCUCUGCCACCUCCAUUCUGAGCUAGGCUCACAGAGGGCAGCUGAGCCCAGAGGCCUCACAGGGAAAGGCUUUCUGGAGCCAGGCACCUACCCCUUUCCCCCCAUGGGGAAGAGAGCCAGUGCCUGUGUGUGGGUGAGAGGUCUGCGAAGCCAGCACUCUUGGAUUUGCCUCCUACAGCCCACGACCCUCCCCCAGGGUACCAUCAACAUGAACCAGUGCACAGAUGUGGUGGAUGGGGAGGGCCGCACGGGCCAGAGGUUCUCCCUGUGCAUCCUGACGCCCGAGAAGGAGCAUUUCAUCAGGGCAGAAACCAAGGAGAUCGUCAGUGGGUGGCUGGAGAUGCUCAUGGUCUAUCCCAGGACCAACAAGCAGAACCAGAAGAAGAAACGGAAAGUGGAGCCUCCCACACCUCAGGAGCCUGGGCCUGCCAAGGUAGCUGUUACCAGCAGUAGCAGCAGCAGCAGCAGCAGCAGCAGCAGCAGUAGCAGCAGCAUCCCCAGUGCUGAGAAGGUCCCCACCACCAAGUCCACACUCUGGCAGGAGGAAAUGCGGGCCAAGGACCAGCCAGACGGGAGCAGCCUGAGUCCAGCUCAGAGUCCCGGCCAGGGCCAGCCUCCUGCUACCAGCUCCCUGCGGGAACCUGGGCUGGAGAAUAAAGAAGAGGAGAGUGCCAUGAGCAGCGACCGCAUGGACUAUGGCCGCAAAGUCCGGGUGGAGAGCGGCUAUUUCUCCCUAGAGAAGACCAAGCAGGACUUGAAGGCCGAGGAGCAGCAGCUGCCCCCACCACUCUCCCCGCCCAGCCCUGGGACCCCUAGCAACAGGUACAGUUGCCCCGAAUCACUCUCCCAGGAGCUUGGUCAUCCCUUUCCUUCCCCAGGUCCUCGAUUCCCCAGCCGGAUGGUCUACAGCAUCUCCCUUGGCUACCUGGACGUAGCUGGCCGGCCCCCUGCCCACGUGGACUCUGGCAGCACUGGGGGGCAGGGGACAGAAAGACUGGGGAGCACCUUUGCCUUUAAAGCCAGCAGGCAGUACGCCACUCUGGCCGACGUCCCCAAGGCCAUCAGGAUCAGCCACCGAGAAGCCUUCCAGGUGGAGAGAAGGCGGCUGGAGCGUAGGACUCGGGCCCAGAGCCCUGGCAGGGAAGAGGUGGCCCGCCUGUUUGGCAGUGAGCGGAGAAGGUCCCAGGUAAUUGAGAAAUUUGAGGCCUUGGACAUUGAGAAGGCGGAGCACAUGGAGACCAACUUGUCAGCAGGGACUUCGCCUUCCGGUGACACUCGCCAGGGCCGCAGCGAGAAGAGGGCGUUCCCCAGGAAGCGGGACGUCACCAGUGAAGCCCCCACACCUCUUCUCUCAGACGCCUCGGCUCCCCCCCUGUCUCCACACCGCAGAGCCAAGUCACUGGACAGGAGGUCCACGGAGCCCUCCAUGACGCCUGACCUGCUGAAUUUCAAGAAAGGCUGGCUGACCAAGCAGUACGAGGACGGCCAGUGGAAGAAACACUGGUUUGUCCUGGCUGAUCAAAGCUUGAGAUACUACAGGGACUCGGUGGCUGAGGAGGCAUCUGACUUGGAUGGGGAAAUUGACUUGUCUACAUGUUAUGAUGUCACAGAGUAUCCAGUCCAGAGAAACUAUGGCUUCCAGAUCCAUACAAAGGAUGGUGAGUUCACCCUGUCUGCCAUGACAUCUGGAAUCCGGAGGAACUGGAUCCAGACCAUCAUGAAGCACGUGCACCCGGCCACCACCCCAGAUGUGACCAGCUCCUUGCCAGAGGAAAAGAACAAGUGCAGCUCCUCUUUUGACACCUGCCCGAGGCCGAGUGAGAAGCAAGAGGCAGAGCCAGGGGAGCUGGACCCUGAGCAGAAGAGGAGCCGCGCUCGAGAGCGGAGGCGGGAGGGCCGCUCCAAGACCUUCGACUGGGCUGAGUUCCGCCCCAUCCAGCAGGCCCUGGCUCAGGAGAGGGCUGGCGCCGUGCGGCCCCCCAUGGGAGCCCCCGAUUCCUACGAGCCUGGGCACCCUGAGGCAGAGCCUGGCGAGCUUGAGCGGGAGCGCACAAGACGGCGGGAGGAGCGCCGCAAGCGCUUUGGGAUGGCAGACGCGGAGGAUGUGGCCCUACGCAUGGAGGUGGACCGGAGUCCAGGGCUGCCUGUGACCCCCGACCUCAAGACACAGAAUGUCCAUGUGGAGAUUGAGCAGCGGUGGCAUCAGGUGGAGACCACCCCUCUGCGGGAAGAAAAGCAGGUGCCCAUCAUGCCCUUGCACCUGUCCUCCUCUGAGGACGGAGGAGACCGGCUCUCCGCCCAGGAGCUGACCUCUCUGCUAGAGAAGGAGCUAGAGCAGAGCCAGAGGGAAGCCUCAGACCUUCUGGAACAGAACCGACUCCUGCAGGACCAGCUGAGGGUGGCCCUGGGCCGGGAGCAGAGCGCCCGGGAGGGCUACGUGCUGCAGACUGAAGUGGCCACCUCCCCAUCGGGCGCCUGGCAGAGGCUCCAUAGAGUCAACCAAGACCUCCAAAGUGAGCUCGAAGCCCAGUGCCAGCGCCAGGAGCUGAUCACGCACCAGAUUCAGACCCUGAAACGUAGCUAUGGGGAGGCCAAGGAUGCAAUCCGGCACCACGAGGCCGAGAUCCGGAGCCUGCAGACGCGGCUCAGCAAUGCCGCCGCCGAGCUGGUCAUCAAGGAGCAGGCACUGGCCAAGCUCAAGGGCGACCUGAAGCGGGAGCAGGGCAGGGUCCGUGAGCAGCUGGAGGAGCGGCAGCACAGCGAGGCGGCGCUGAGUGGCCAGCUGAGGGCCAGUGAGCAGAAGCUCAAGAGCGCUGAGGCUCUGCUGCUGGAGAAGACACAGGAGCUGCGGGACCUGGAGACGCAGCAGGCGUUGCAGCAGGACCGGCAGAAGGAAGUGCAGAGGCUGCAGGAGCGCAUCACUGACCUCAGCCAGCAGCUCAGCGCCAGCGAGCAGGCCCAGCGGCUGAUGGAGGAGAAGCUACAGAGGAACUACGAGCUGCUGCUGGAGAGCUACGAGAAGGAGAAGCAGGUGCUGCUGCAGAACCUGAAGGAGGUGGAAGACAAGGCCAGCACCUACGAGGACCAGCUGCAGGGCCACGCCCAGCACGUGGGUGCCCUCCAGAAGGAGAAGCUGAGCGCCACGUUUGAGGGCAGUGAGCAGGUGCACCAGCUGGAGGAGCAGCUGGCGGCCCGUGAGAGCAGCAUUCGCAGGCUCACUGAGCAUGUGCAGAGCCUCUGUGACGAGCGGGACCUCCUCAGGCAGCAGUUCCAAGAGCUGACUGAGCGUGUGACCGCAUCUGAUGGGGACAUGGCUGAGCUCCAGGAGAAGCUGAGGGGAAGAGAGGCUGACUGCCAAAGCCUAGAGCGCUCCUACCAGAGGGUCUCCAGCCAGCUCCAGAGCAUGCACGUUCUGCUGAAAGAGAAGGAGGAGGAGCUGGAGCACAUCAAGGAAGUACACGAGAAGGUUCUGGAAAAGAAAGAUCAGGACCUCAAUGAGGCUUUGGUUAAAAUGGUUGUCUUGGGGAGCAGCUUAGAGGAAACAGAAAUUAAGCUUCAGGCAAAGGAAGAGAUUUUAAGGAAAUUUGCAAAUGAAUCUUCAAAAGACAUGGAAGAGCCACAGAAUGCCCCGGACGAAACGGAGGAGGAUGGCAUUUCACUCCUGGGCCAACAGCUCCAAGCCAUAGGGGCACCUCUGGGCUCCCCACAUGCAAGGCUUGAGGAGGAUGGCCUGGGGGAGGGGUAUGGGGAUGGCAGCCCUGGCGGGGAAGAGAACAUGCUACCCCCGAAGUUGGUGGAGGUGCCUGACAGGGAGGGGCACCUGCAGAGCACAGCCAGACCCGACCAGGGGGCGCAUGGUGUGAAAAGGCAGAGGAUCCGGUUCUCCACAAUCCAGUGCCAGAGAUAUGUCCACCCUGAAGGGUCUGAGAAGACCUGGACCAGCAGCACAUCUUCCGACACCAGCCAGGACCGGUCACCCUCGGAGGAAAGCAUGUCCUCUGAGGCUGCACCCAGCGCACUGCCUGCCACUGGUGACUCUGAGAUGUACCUGUCCAUCAUACACUCCCUAGAGACCAAGCUCUAUGUCACAGAGGAGAAGCUCAAAGAUGUGACCAUCAGGCUGGAGAGCCAGCAGGGCCAGAGCCAGGAGGCGCUGCUUGCACUGCACCACCAGUGGGCUGGCACCGAGGCCCAGCUCCGUGAGCAGCUCCAUGCCAGCCUGCUCCAAGUCAGUGCAUUGACCUCCCAGCUGGAGCAGGAGAGGCAAGAGAGGGCCAGGAGGGUUGAAGGUCAUGUUGGGGAGCUUGGGAACUUCCAGGUGAAAAAUAGUCAGGCCCUGACUUGCUUGGAAAACUGCCGAGAACAGCUGAGAUCUCUGCCGAGAGCCAGUCAGGAAGAUGAGCAGGAUGCGCGGGCGGCCUCCCUGGCCAGCAUGGAGAGCGCACUUGUCAGUGCCAUCCAAGCCCUGCGGCACAGGCCAGCCCCCGCCGACAGCGGGGCCCAUGCCCAGGUGGAGGAGGGCAGCUCCGUGGAGAAUGGGGUGCCAGCCCCCCAGCGGCAACCUUCCCAGCCCGAACUGACUGAGCAGGAGCAGGUGAGGCUCCUUUCCGAUCAAAUAGCUCUGGAGGCCUCGCUGAUCAGCCAGAUAGCAGACUCUUUAAAGAACACAACAUCAGAUAUCUCACAUGUUCUCCACGAGAUUUCUCAGUCAGGAAAGCUGUUGUUGGAGUCUGAGGGUGCCACAGCCUCUACUGGGGCCCCCGCAGAUGCCUGGGCCAAGAAGGUGCUGGUGGAUGGCGAGUUCUGGAGCCAGGUCGAGUUUCUGAGAAAGCACUUGGGGACUCUGGGAGGCGAGGCAGUUGAUGCAUCAGGAGGCGGACAGCAGACCGUCCCGCAAGGCCUGGCUCCCGUCCUGGCUGAUGCCACGUGGGUCAGAGCGGAGCUCAGCUUUGCCGCACAGUCGGUGAGGGAGUCGCUCCACCGUAGGUUGCAGAGCGUCCAGGAAACCCUGCAGGGGACCCAGACAGCCCUGCAGCAGCACAAGCACCUACUGAGGGAGCUCCUGGGAGCCUACAAGACCCCAGACUUUGAGAGAGUGAUGCAGCAGGUUUCAGAAUCCCUCAGGCUUCCGGCGGGUGGUGAAGACGGCGCGCCGACGUCCUGGGCCCUGAGCUCCUCAGGAGAUGUACUGAGCCAAGACUCAAACGGCUCCCAGGAGCCCUUUCAUUCGUUUGACCAGAGCUCAGGGUCCCUUGUUGCUAUUCAGGAAGAGCUCGCCCAGCAGCUAAAGGAAAAGGCCCGCGUCUUAGAGGAGAUAGCUGCUGCUUUACCAUCUCUGCCUCCUGUGCAGUCGCUGAGAGAUUGUCAGAAGCUUCUUCAGGCAUCCCAGAAUCUCUCACAUGUCACUUGUUUGGGAGGCCUUGGUCAGUAUUCUUCAUUAUUGGUUCAAGAUGCAAUUAUUCAGGCUCAGGUGUGUUAUGCAGCUUGCAAAAUUCGACUGGAGUAUGAAAAGGAGCUCCAGUUCUACAAGGAGUCCUGGCUGAUCAGGGGGGCCUCCUGCCUGGAGCAGGCACAAGCUAUCAGGGUCCUGAGGGAGGAAUACAAAGAACUGCUCCGCAAGCAGAAGAGCGAGUAUCUGGACGUGAUCACCAUCAUCGAAAGUGAAAAUGCAGAGCUCAAGGCCAAGGUCGCCCAGCUGGACCAGCAGCAGAAGCGUCUGGAGGAAGCGGAGAGCAAGCACAGUGAGAACAUGUUCGCCCUGCGGGGCAGGUAUGAGGAGGAGAUCAGGUGCGUGGUGGAGCAGCUGAACAGGACCGAGAACACACUGCAGGCUGAGCGCAGCCGGGUCCUGAGCCAGCUGGAUGCCUCUGUCAAAGACAGGCAGGACAUGGAGAGGCACCACGUGGCACAGAUGCAGACGCUGGAGGACAGGUUCCAGCUCAAGAUCAAGGAACUACAGACCAUCCACGAGGAGGAGUUGAGGACCCUGCAGGAGCACUACUCGCAGAACCUGCGCUACCUGCAGGAGACCCUCUGUCUCUACCAAGGCCAGCACCCCAAGGCCCUGUCGGCCCCUUCCUCCUGCAGGCAGGCUACUGAGGGGGAGGCUGAGUCCACGACGGGGCUAAGGGAGCGCAUCCAGGAGCUGGAGGCCCAGAUGGACAUCAUGCGUGAGGAGCUGGGCCACAAGGACCUGGAGGGUGACACGGCCACACUUCGGGAGAAGUACCAGAGGGACUUCGAGAACCUUAAGGCCACGUGCGAGCGAGGGUUUGCAGCAAUGGAAGAAACACACCAGAAGAAGAUUGAAGAUCUACAGAGGCAGCACCAGCGAGAGCUGGAGAAGCUUCGGGAGGAGAAAGACCGCCUCCUUGCUGAGGAGACGGCAGCCACCAUCUCAGCCAUCGAAGCCAUGAAGAACGCCCACCGGGAGGAAAUGGAGCGGGAGCUGGAGAAGAGCCAGAGGUCCCAGAUAAGCAGCAUCAACUCGGACAUCGAGGCCCUGAGGCGGCAGUAUCUGGAGGAGCUGCAGUCAGUGAAGCGGGAGCUCGAGGUCCUCUCCGAGCAGUACUCGCAGAAGUGCCUGGAGAAUGCCCACCUGGCCCAGGCACUAGAGGCUGAGCGGCAGGCCUUGCGGCAGUGCCAGCGGGAGAACCAGGAGCUCAACGCCCACAACCAGGAGCUGAACAACCGCCUGGCUGCGGAGAUCACACGGUUACGGACGCUGCUGACUGGUGACGGCGGCGGGGAGCCUGCUGGGUCACCCCUAACGCAGGGCAAGGACGCCUAUGAGUUGGAGGUCUUACUGCGGGUCAAGGAAUCAGAAAUACAGUACCUAAAACAGGAGAUCAGCUCCCUCAAGGACGAGCUCCAGACAGCAUUGCGGGACAAGAAGUACGCCAGUGACAAGUAUAAAGACAUCUACACAGAGCUCAGCAUCGCGAAGGCAAAAGCCGACUGCGACAUCAGCAGGUUGAAAGAGCAGCUGAAGGCUGCGACAGAAGCACUGGGGGAAAAGUCCCCUGAGAGUGCUGCCGUGUCGGGAUACGAUAUAAUGAAAUCUAAAAGCAACCCUGACUUCUUAAAGAAAGACAGAUCCUGUGUCGCUCGGCAACUUAGAAACAUCAGGUCCAAGAGUCUGAAGGAAGGUCUGACGGUGCAGGAACGGCUGAAGCUCUUUGAAUCCAGGGACUUGGAGAAAGACUAGCUGUGUCCCGUUCAACCUGAACACGCACCUUUCCCGGCUUGUGGCAGCACAACCCAAGCGUUGCUUUUUGUCUGUACCUUUGUUUAUUAUUAUUAUUAUUAUUGUUAUUGUCAUCAUUAACUGUGGGUAUGGAUGCAUGAGAGACUGGUUUAUGGGUUGUUCACACCAUUCCCUGCUGUGUUGAUUUAGACUUCCUAUGGUCUUAUCCAAGCAUUUUUUCCAUGGUAUUCUGAAAUUGGUCCAGCAGUGGGGCUGGGGAGGGCCAUCCCUGCAGCCGGCGUCUGUGAGAGCCCCUCCUUGCUGUAAGCCGCCGCACUCACUGUCAGUAUUAAGGCUCAGCAGCCUGUUGAUAAGCUAGCCCUGUCUCACCAAGUGCUGGGUGCAAACAGGGCCUGGCGGCAAGCACGCCACAGGGCAGACUGGUCCCCGUUGGUCAGAAGGAAAGGCCAUGUGGACAUCUGGCUUGGCCUGGAUCACAGCACUGCUACCUGACUCGGCAGCCCAGCUGUCAGAGGAGGAGGUGCACUGCCUUUUGGCCUGAGAGGAGGACAGCAUUUCGUAUUUGUUCCACAAUGCAGCUUAGAAGCGCACCCUAGAUAAUCGUGGCAAACCUUUCACAACCUGGAAAAUGUUGAAAGCAACCAUUCCUAUUUUUGUUUGUUUUUUAUUAAAUCUUGCACAAAAC